AAAAUUAUGCGUAUUAAAUACGUGACGGAAGUGCGGAAGUCCAUUUGGGACACCCUUCGUCACUCGCCCCGCCCCGCUUUGCCAGCGCUUCCAUGAGCAGGGCCCCGUUUCCAGGUGAUGUUGCGGUAAAGAUGGACCCCGGUGUAACAGGGAAUAUGGUAGCGGGGGUACCCGUACCUGCGCUGUGUCGGGGUUAAUCGCAGAUCCCCUUUGUUCGUGGCAAGAGCUAAAAAGGGACAGUAAAGUCACAAUCAAAAUGUCUGGCUCCCGGAGAACUUAAAACUGCGCCUAGGAAUACACGUUUUCUAAUCAUGGCCGGACUGAUCAAGAAGCAGAUCCUGAAACAUCUCUCAAGGUUUGCUAAGAACCUUUCUCCGGACAAGAUCAAUCUGAGCACUCUGAAAGGGGAAGGCCAGCUGACCAACCUGGAGUUGGAUGAGGAGGUGCUGCAGAACAUGCUGGACCUGCCCACCUGGCUGGCCAUCAACAAGGUGUGCUGCAACAAGGCCGCCAUACGGAUCCCGUGGACCAAGCUGAAGACCCAUCCCAUCUCCUUGUCACUCGACAAAGUAGUCAUGGAGAUGAGCACAUGUGAUGAGCCCCGGCCGCCCAAUGGGCCGUCGCCCAUAGCAACAGCAUCGGGUCAGAGUGAAUAUGGCUUUGCCGAAAAGGUGGUGGAAGGCAUUUCUCUGUCCAUCAACUCCAUCGUGAUCCGCAUCAGCGCCAAGGCUUUCAAUGCCUCCUUCGAGCUGUCGCAGCUGCAGGUCUACAGCGUGAACACCAGCUGGGUGGCCAGCGACCUGAGGUUCACCCGCAUCCAGGACCCACAGCGUGGCGAGAUCCUGACCUUCAAAGAGAUCAGCUGGCAGAUGAUCCGCAUCGAGGCCGACGCCAUCCAGAGCGGCGAUGUAGAGGUGCUGAGCGCCCCCAUCAGGCUCAUCACCAACCAGUCCAAGAUCCGAGUUACGUUGAAGAGACGGAUGAAGGACUGCAACGUCGUGGCCUCCAAGCUGAUCCUCAUCUUGGACGACCUGCUGUGGGUUCUGACGGACUCACAGCUCAAGGCCAUGGUCCAGUACGCCAAGUCCCUCAGUGAGGCCAUGGAGAAGUCGGCGCAGCAGAGGAAGAGCACAGCUUCGGACUCCUCACAGGGCGCAGCUUCUGUCACCUCGUCGCAGCAGAUGCGGACGCAGCAGUCGACAGCGGCGGCCGACCAGAACGCCACCAUGGCCAAGCUCUUCAACUCCUACGAUGUGCGUGAGACGUCCCACCACCUGCAGAUCACCCACCUGGACCUGCACAUCUGCGACGAUGUCCACGUUAAGGACCGAGUGAUUGAUAAACGCAUCGCAGGUGGAGCCAUGCAGUUGUCCUUCAGUCUCAUCACCGUCGAUUACUACCCCUUUCACAGAGCAGGUAAAUGUCCCAGUGUUGCCAUGGCGAUGGGACACUGCAGUCAUUUGACCUGCGGUGACUCUCCUCUUUCUCGAUCGGGUCGCGUUUCUGUCCGUGUUUUCGCCCCCGUGACGGCCCCGGGCCUUAUGCUCCGUGUCAUGUCAGACUCUGACUCAGACUCCAACCCCGGGGAGAACACCAGGGCCCGGCUGAAGCUCCUCACAGCAGCAGGAGAGACAUGCCAGCACUGGAUGCACUACGGCGAAGCGACCAAGGCACGGGAGAGCUGGGCGCAGGGCCUACUGGACGAUUUCAAGGCCAAUGCGGAGAUGCUGAAGAACGCUGUGAAGGACCAGCAGAGUGUGGGCUCCCCCCCCCUCAGUUCCCCUCAGCACGGGAAGAUCUCUACUACAUCCACAAGUUCAUUCACCCCCCCGGCACAGACGCCCAGGGCAAUGCUCAUGUCCAGCUCCGUUGUGCUUAGGAUGGCUGACUUCAGCAUCUACCAGGUUUCCACAGCUGAGCAGCGCCGAUCCAGCCCCAAGACCAUGAUCUCCUGCAACAAGAAGUCCCUCUACCUGCCCCAGGAGAUGCCCGCCAUCCACGUGGAGUUCACAGAGUACUACUUCCCCGAUGGCAAAGAUUAUCCCAUUCCAUGCCCCAACCUGUAUGCACAGCUGAAUGCCCUGCAGCUGGUUCUGGACACACGCAGCCUGGUCUGGCUAAACCAGUUUGCACUGGACCUGCAGCAGAGCUUGGAGCAGUUCGUGCAGCUCUACAAGCUGGACGAUUCGCAGAAGCCCGACGAGCACGUGGACGUCAAGGUGGACGGACUCAUGCUGAAGCUGGUGGUCCCCAUAGAGAAGGACACAUCGGGCUCUGCAGAGAUGCCGGGCUCUGUGUCCAUCCAGACGUCGGAGAUGGUGGCGACGAACACGCGCCGCGCUGCCGGCUGCAGCCGUUCCUGCCUCGAGUCACUGCUGCAGGACUUCCAGGGGGAGGGGUUCUUUGGCCGUGGCCACACCUCCUUCCCCCACCCGGCCAAUGCCUUCUCCGUGCUGCAUCCCGCCUUCUUGCGGCACGCGCACGAGCGCGACACGUGGCUACACGAUGUCUACCGGGGCCUGGCCCCGCCAUCGUUAACCAGCGACGCCCUCAAGGCGCCUGCCGCCGCUGACCUCUGGGCCCUGAGAUUUGCCCAGUUCUGGGCCGACUUCGAGGGCCGCGAUGGUGGGCGCGGCAGACCCGUGCCAUUUGUCGAUUCCUUCCCGCUGGCCCUCUGGGUUUGCUACCCUGCCCGUUUCGCCCGCUACAAGGAGCUGCAGCAGCAGGCAGCGUUGGCCCCUGGGCCUCCUAAGGGUCUUGCGCGCAGUGAGUCCGUGGAAAUGGCUGACCGCAUGCACCGCAAGAGGCUGCUGAAGGAAUAUUAUGGUGCCAAUGGCAUCCCGCCUGGCCCUUCACCACCCUCCUCCUCCUCCUCCUCCUCCUCCUCUUCCUCGUCGCCAGCUGACGCCGAUGUCCAUGUGCUAGUGCAUGUGCAGAAGCACCUCAGUGCCCAGCUGAGCCACCCUCAGUAUGUCUCCUUGCUCUGCCUCCAGCGCUCUUUCAAGUCGCUGCAGCAGACGUUGCAGCAGGACCGCAAGCUGGUGGACACCCGGUGCCCCGACCGGCAGGACUGCGACCGCGCCAAGCCACUUGAGGUCUGCAUGGGCUUGCUGCUGCAGAGCGCCGAGGUGGCCCUGCUGAUGCAGCCCGUCCCAUCCUCCUCUGACAGGGCCCCUUCAGACAACGCCAGCCCCCUGGGGUCUGACCUGUCCCCCUCUGACGUGAAGGGCUCCUGUGCCACGGGUGCGGAAGAGCCUCCGCCACCGCCCUCUGCUGACGAACUGCUGUGCUGCGGGCCGAGCGAGGGCGAGAAACCCCCGCAGGGCUCCUCUCCCCUCCAGCCCCUGAAGGUGCCCCCUGAUGGUGAGGGAGGGAUUGAGGCUGCUGGAUCAGGCGAGAAGCGGGACUCAGAUGGCCUGCCGGAGCCCCCGGCCUCGGAGGACAUGGCUCCCGACGCGGAGCAGCUCCCCAGAGCCGAGCAACCCGCCCCGAGGGAGGGGACAGAGAGCAGAGACCGGCCCCCGGGAGCCCGGCUGCCCCAGUCCAUGUCCAGUGGGCGGCUCAUCCGGGACCGAUCCCAGUCCAGCUUCUCCGUCUCCUACAAGAACAUGAAGAAGAGCCCCUCGCUGCACUCCUUGGACAACGUCUCCAUCGACAGCUACCUGCUGGAGGAGCAGGGCCUGGAGGACAGCGACUCCUACAGCCUUUUGGACCGAGAAGGCGCCGGGGACGACACGUCCAUAUCUGGCUUCAAGGACACGCUGAGCGACCAGAGCGGGGCGGAGAGCGCCAACGAGGCCCUCAGCCAUGACGUGGCUGUAUCGCCAGACGCUGUCAGCGCGACCUCGCAGGGCACCGACGACCCCACCAGGGACCUGGUGUCAGUGCUGGUGCUGAAGCUGCAGUCUCUGUGUGGCGCCCUGGAUGUGCAAGGGGAGAGCACAACCGUGUCGCUGGAGCUGGGCCAGGUGCUGCCCGUCCAGGUGGGCAACGUCAGCGUGCGCCAGUACCUCAGCAACCGGAGCCUGGGGGCGGGGUCGACGGUGACCCCGGUGGCCAGGAAGCCACGGCCAGAGGUGCAGGUGAAGCUGGAGAGCGGCCGGAGCGCAGCGACACACUCCCCGCUGGCUGCGCGCAGUGGUUUCCUGCAGGCCCGCCUGCAGGACCUGAGUGCCGACUUCCUCACGUCCUCCCUGCGCAGCCUGGCCCGCUUCCUGGAGGACGAUAACUCCACCGGUCAGGUCCUGCCGAUGCGGAUCAGCGUCUCCAACGCGCGAGUCAACCUGCAGGACGACAGUCCCCGCGAUGGUGUCUCUGACGCCGAAUCCAAGCCCGUCGUGCUGCACAUCGAUAACCUGCUGAUGCACCGGAGAGACGACGGCUCCUUCUCCAUCGGAGGGGACCAGCCUUCAGAGGCGGGGCUUAAGAGCGCCGUCCACGUGGACAGUGGAAGCCUGUGUGGCUUCGCCGAAACCUUUGCCGGGAUGAGCGGCGCAACCCGAGGUACACAGACGACCCCGCCGCUCACGGGGGAAGCUGAUGUCGGCGGCAGUAGCAAAGAGCAGCUGCUGAAGGAGGAGAAUGAUUGUUUGAAACUGGAGCUCUCUAGAGCUAAGAUGGCACUAGCCGAAGCUCAGAUGGAGAAGGACUCGCUGCUUCACCGCAUGAAAGCUUUGAAACUGACGACCGGGGGCAACAGCUAAUCGUGGUGCCGGGGCAGGGAGGGGUGUCGGGCCAGUGGUGGAGACAGAUGCUGCCGCUGUGGCCCCCUGCUGGACCCCAAAGGCCACAGCACAUCUCUGGUGCUUUUGUGUGGUAGUUCGGCCUGAUUUCUGUCCCACACUGCCUCCCUGCACUGCCCCAGGAGCCUCAGUGUCAUGAAGAGGCAGCGUUUCUCUUGCGUACACACACACACACACACACACACACGCACGCUCACUCACACACACCCCUUCAGCUACGUCAGUCUCCGACUUUUCUGACCGUAUUAGCAAAGCUGCUACUGCCUCCUGCUGGUGAAUAAGCUUCAGGAUGGCAUUCCACACGUCUGAGUUGCGGGGGGUUAGGGGGUAGGGGAUCCCAUACCUCCUGACUUUUGGGAAAAGAAGACAGGGUCCCUCUACCCAUAGCACAUAGGAUGACAAAGGGGUUGGGGAGGUGGCUGGGAAAAAUGUCACAUUGCUAACAUGCCUUUGAAGGAAUGUCACAAAGGAGACGAUUUGCACUGUAAUGAAACACAUCAUGUUCUUAAUACUUUUAAAAUGACGACAGAUAGCGGUUUAGCUCUUAAAUUGCUCUAGUUAGAUAUGUAGUAGUUUUGAUGAGAAACUUGUGUGCAGAAUGUCUGUUUUUUUCUAACGAUUUCUGAAUUCGGGAGUGUGGGUCGCAGCGUCAGCCGCCAUGCAGCUCGGACAGACUCCGUGUUACGUUCUUAUGCGUCUGCUUUGGUUUUUACAUACAGCACACGUGUACGUGCGUACAUACAUGCCGGUUUCCUGUUAGAGCGUUUGAGUAAAAUAUCCAUACUAAUUCCGGAUUUGCACUUUAAGAACAAACAAAACUGAGCCGCAGGGAACACUAGCGUGCAGAGAACUGGCCGUCCAAUGAGGGGAGGGAAUUCAGGUGGCUUGAUGACCUCAGAAGGGUGGGGGGGCGGUAUACACUCAACAGCAUCUUCCCAUUAUGUUGUGCCCAGCCCAAAUCUGACUCCCACCUUGUUGAACCAUACUAUGGCAGUGAAAAGGCCAGUCUGCUAUUCACACUACGACGGCGGGACAGAAGGAUUGAGAGCCCUUGAAACUGAGACUCCCCUUAUCCAUGCUAAAAAAAAGAAACUUCUUUUUGUGUCAUGCAAAGGAAGCUGCCUGACAGGCCUCAACCAAGGCUUCUUAAGUGCCUCCCUCUCUAGAACCCUGCUGGAGAACCUGGAACGGUGUCUUGCAGCUGGGAACCCGGGGCGUAAGUCUCUCUUGAACUGCGCUGGAAGAUUUGGCGCAGCGUCCCUCUAUAGAGCCGUAAUGGAUGAGCAGGCGCUGUCUCUCCCUGUUGAGUUGCAAUGUGGAAGCUGGCAAACUGUGCCACUGUAGAGCCAAAAUGGAGGACUGCGGGCCAUCUGUCUCUGUUUAGUCGCGAUGGGGGGAUCUGCCACCGAGUCGUGUUAUAAAGCACCAAUGGAGGAUUUGGCACAGAGAUUCCUUUUCUGCUGAGGGCCUGAAUGUGCUGCAAAGAAAGCCCAACCAAGCUUGAUUUACAGUGUUCUUUUUAAAUAGAAUCCAGACCGACUUCUAAAAGGAUGGACGACCUGAAGUGGCAGGGAAGGAUAAAACGCUACAAUUGCAUAAAGACUGAGGGAGGAGUUUGUUCCCGUUUCCAGUGAUUAUAGCCACUCCCCAUAAUCAUAAAGUUGUUCUGUUUGUUACCUCUAGGCAGUGGGAUAAACACACGUUGCAAAAAUAAUGUAAUAUUUUGUCUGUUAAAACUGCAGAAUCUUGUAAAAAUAAAUGGCUAUCCAAUCUG